AAUGUUAGAAGCUGAAAGAAAAUAGGGUCAAUUCCCAUUAUUGGAGAUGUCACAUUUACUAUAUGGAGGCAAAGACCAAUUUGAUAAAUUUCUUGAGAGAUAAAGUUUCUUUGAUAAUCAUCCUAUGUUCAAGGUUAAUCAUGAUUUCUACAAUAAGUCAAGAUAGGAUCAAGUUUAUAUUUUAAUAUAUAACUAAGAUUCUUUUGAAUGCUGAAAGAACAGUUGAAGCAAUGAAGAAAUUAUCAUUGGCUGAUCCCAAUUACUACACUCCAAAUGUCUUGUGUCCUUAGGGUAUAUUCAUAUCCACAGUCCAUUUUGCCAUGGUCAUACCUGCAUUCUAAGUCCUGGCAUCAGACGACUAGAUUUCUAAAUGGAUGACUUCAUUAAAGAAUUUUAGUGCAUUCGGAUGUUAUGCCUAAACUGAAUUGGGUCAUGGAUCUGACGUAUAGAACUUAAAGACUGUAGCUGUAUUCGAUAAACAAACAUCGGAAUUCGUGAUUCACACUCCAAAUAUAGAAGCCACUAAAUGUAUUUCUAAGUUAUUAUGACUUAGUUUGGCCAGGAGAAUUGGGAUUGUACUGUGAGUUUGCCUUGGUAUUUGCUCAGUUGUAAGUCGACGGCAAAGGAUAUGGAGUACAUCCCUUUUGGAUUAGAAUUAGAGAUAAGGAGACUCACAAACCAUUAUCAGGGAUUGAAAUUGGAGAUAUUGGUCCAAAAAUGGGUUAUGCAGUUAAAGAUAAUGGAUUCAUGAGUUUUGAUCAUUAUAGAGCUCCUUUGGACAGUUUAUUAAACAGAUACAUAAAAGUGAGCAAAGACGGAAAAGUAGAGAGACAAGGUAAUCCAAAAGUAGGAUAUGGAAGUAUGAUGUACAUGAGAAACAUUCUUUGUGAUUAAUAUACUAAGUUUGGUGGUAGAGCUUUGGCAAUCGCUGUUCGUUAUUCUUUAUACAGAAAAUAAUUUAAAGAUGAUAAUAAAUAGGAGAUUAGAAUCUUAGAUUAUUAAUGUUAAUAACAAAAGUUAUUCCCAUUAUUGGCUGAAUUCUACGCUUGUGUUUUUGGAAGUGUAAAAAUAAAGGAAUUAGUAAAUGAGAAUUUCAAUAGAAUUUCUUAAAAAAAUGAUUUCAGUUUACUUGGAUUGACUCAUGCUGUGUUAAGUGGAGCCAAGGCCAAUUAUACAUAUUUCGUAUCAAAUUGUGCAGAGUGGUGUAGAUUGAGUUGCGGAGGACAUGGAUUUGCUCAUUAUUCUGGAUUGCCAGUCAUUUUCUUUGAAAUGUCUCCAAAUGUAUUACUUAUUAUUAAUUACAAUUAGAUUACUUUAGAAGGAGAAAACACCAUCUUGAAUUUAUAAUUAGCUAGAUACUUACUUAAAUAAUUGUAACACGUGGUCUAAAAACCAAGUGCAGUCCCUGAAUUUUUCAAGUUCUUAUCAUUAGAAACAGCCAAAGUAGAUGAUGUCACAACAAUUGAAAGUUUGAUUACCCUCUUAGGUUUGAAUUGUGCCAAUCUAACAAAAUAUGCAGCCUAAAAGUUAAUGUCUCAUCCUGACAUGAAAGAGAGUUGGGACACUAAAUCUGGCAUAGCCUUAGCCAAAGCUGCAUCUACAUUCAUUCCUUACUUCAAUAUGCUUUGUUUCUUAGAUACUAUUAAUAACAAAGCGAAAGAAACCAAGGAAAUUCUAACAGUUUUAGCUAGAAUAUAUGGUAUCACUAUGUUAUUGAAUAACAUGCAAGGAUUAUUAUUAAGUAAUAUGAUAUAUCUAAGAAAUAGAAAAUUAACUAAGCAGUCAAUAAAUAAAAGCACUCUAAGAUACCAGGGAAUCAUUAUACCCAAUCAUAAGAGUAAAUGCCUUAUGCUUAGUGGAAGCACAAGGAUUGUCUGAUAACUCACUGUAAAGUUUGAUAGCUCCAAGGGAAGGCGAUGUUUAUAUGAACAUGUACAACUUUGCUUCAAAAGAAAAUUCAUUAAAUAAAUAACAAGUGCACAAUGGCAUCAAUUACAUUCAAAAAAUGAGAGAAGUGAAUGCUAAAUUAUGAUUUCUAACAU